AUGUCUGUUUGUGGUCUGUUGUUUUGUUUUGCUGCACUCCCAGCCACAUCCCUUUCAUUGUCUUCUGAGGAUACAUUCUACACUGCUCCUACCAACUAUGAAUCCGCCGCACCAGGAACAAUCUUGCGGAUGCGCGAGGCAACAGGAAAUCUAACAUCGAUCUACAAUCUCAGUUCAUCAGCGUACAAUAUCCUCUUUCGCACCACCGAUGCACAAUAUCAGCCAUCGUGGGCAGUGACAACUUUAUUCGUACCUUCAAAUUUCACCAACAACUCCGAAGGUGACGCCCUCCUAUCUUACCAAAUUCCUUACAACACCGCGGACGUGAACCACAGUCCCAGCUAUGUGCUUGGAUCCGAGCUGGCAACAGGCCUAGUCCUUUCGGACAUCAACUCUGCACUCAGCCAUGGCUGGUUCGUCAGUGUACCCGAUUUUGAAGGUCCCUUGGCAUCGUUUGGGUCAGGAGUCGCGGAAGGACACGCCACGCUUGAUUCAGUUCGAGCUGUGCUGUCUUCAGGAUUUGGUCUUUCUCCCAAUGCACGAUAUGCCAUGUGGGGAUACUCAGGAGGAUCGAUCGCGAGCGAAUGGGCAGCAGAACUUCAAGUCCAAUAUGCCCCGGAACUCAACUUCAGCGGCGUUGCACUGGGUGGCCUGGUCCCGAACGGCACGAGCAUUCUACACACCAUUGACGGGACGCCGGCGGCAGGAUUGAUCCCUUCGUUUCUCCUCGGCGUGGUGAAACAGUAUCCUGCAGCGUUCCAGGCCUUGACCAGCAACCUGAGACUCUCUGGCCCUCACAAUGCAACAGGGUUCUUGGCCGUUCAAAACAUGUCGUAUCUGGAGGCGGCAGUCGCCUUCAUGAACCAGAGCAUCCUCGCCGACUAUUUUGUCAAUGGCACGGCUUUCCUCCAGCAGCCGGUCGUCCAGAGGGUAUUCAACGUCGACGGACUGAUGGGCUAUCAUGGUGUCCCGCAAAUGCCAAUGUUUAUCUACAAGGCAAUUCAGGACGAAUACAGCCUGAUCAGUGAUACCGACACUCUUGUCAAUAGAUACUGCGGCGCAGGGGCCAAUAUCUUAUACCAGAGAAAUAGGGCAGGUAAUCACCUCGACGAAGAGACAAAUGGAGAUGGACGGGCUUUCGACUGGUUGGAAGCAGUAUUGAACGGGACGCUCACGAUGCAGCCAGGAUGCACGGUUCAGAAUGUGACGGUCAAUAUCACCUCACAUGCUCCGUUUGCGCUGCCACCCUGA